GACUACAAGGGCGGACAGACUCUUCCGCUGAGGCUAUCAAGAAGAACACUAUGAAAACAUUCGUUGUGGUAUUAUUUAUCGUCAUCCAUUUCGGUAAUGCCGAUGUCUCCGAUGAAGACGACUGCACAGAAGCCCAGCAAAGAGCUAUGAAUGGACGGUCCUUGUCGUCACGCCGCUUCAUGUGGUGGCCGUUCGACGCUUGCAAGGAUGGCGUCACACGCGUCACGUGUGAUGGAGACCUCGAGUGCCACGCUUUCCGUCUACAAUCGACGGGUUUCGAUGUAGCAUCCCGUACACUGUGGACCCACACGAGAGGCACAGACAGUGUGAGCAAAGCGAACGACUUUGUUGACACUGUGCUUCUGCAAAGAAUGCCGACUCUCGUAAGAAGGAAUCCAGGCUCCUUUUCUCUCGAUCCCUACUACUUCAAAGUCUACAAGACGAGCUGGACAAACCGAGACUUGAAGGUGAACGUAAACGCGGGCCAGUUCAGGAACUUUGACACGGCCGUGCGCCGCGUCGGCAACUGCGUACUCGCCAUGGUGGCCGGAAACAUGAGCCUCAGCUGCGAUCUGAGCAUCGGUGGCAUCGUCACCGAACUCCACACAGAGACAAAAGGAGAUGGUCUGCUUGGCGUCGUAAAGUUCGUGCGCGUCGAAGCACUCCAGUACCAGACAACCGGCAAGGUUGAAGUCACGGCUGCCCUGAACCAACCUGGCUUCGUGCGCACCUUCAUCGUGGGCAACGCCAACUUCCUAGUGACGCCGGGACACAAUCUCGACUUGAACGCGAUUCGAAUGAGGAAUUUCAAGUCUCGCGUGGGUGCUUAUCUCAUGGAACAGAUGCGCGAGAAGUUUUAUUCCAACUACGAGGCAAUACUGAGGCAUGCUUUCUCUCGCAACAGCUUUUUCUUGUUCUGAUCAAAUUAGAUACGCUUGUAUAUAGUUGGGGGGAACCUGGUGGAAAAGGUGAAAGCAUGUGCUUACCCCUCCUCUGUCUUGCUUAUGUGGGUUGCGUAUAAACUUUCAAAUAAAAGUAAUCCACGUUUUUUUUUUAAAGCGAA